AUGCUUGACGAAAAAGCCCAGCCUCAAUCAGCUCUCGAUACUGUGGAGACAAGGCGGGAGGGACAGAUCUAUGAGGUGACGCAGCUUGACCGGAAUCGAUUCAACCUGUGGAGCACCAUAGGCAUUCAAUUUUCCGUUACCGCAGCACCUCUUGGAAUUGCCGGCUAUACCACUCUCAUAACGGGGGUUGGAGGUAGCCCUUUCUACUUCUGGGGCUUCCUAGUUGCAGUAAUUGGCCAACUUUUGGUGGCUGUGAGCUUGGCCGAACUGUCAAGUGCCUAUCCGCAUACUUCUGGACAGGUAUAUUGGACUGCCACCUUAAGUCCGCCCAAAUAUGCGCGCUUUCUCAGCUACUUGAAUGGCGCAAUGACCAUAUUUGGAUGGGUCUUCGCUUCAGCUGGAACCGCGGUUUUCGCGGCUGAAUUUUUUGUCAGCUUUAGCCAGCUGGUUUCCGACACAUACGAGCCUACUUCGUGGCAAAUAUUUCUUCUAGUCAUUGCUGCCUUAAUUGUCGCAUUCAUAUUGAACACGCUGCUCGUUAAUAUCGUGCCAAACCUGACGGCUUUUAUGGUGGUCUUUUUGAAUAUCGCAGCCUUGUUCAUCUGCAUUACCCUGCUCGCUGUCGUGCACCCAAAAGCAUCUGCAAAGACAGCAUUUAUUGAUGUUGUCAAUGCGACUGGCUGGUCGUCGGAUGGACUGGUCUUCUUUCUCGGUCUCCUCCCCGGCAUGAUGACUGUCUGCCUAUUUGAUACAGCAGCUCACAUGGCGGAAGAGCUUCCCCAACCAGAGCGACAGGUGCCGAUUGUCAUGCUUGCUAAUGCAAUUCUUUCUGCUACUGGCAGUUUGAUAAUGGUCACUUCCCUAAUAUUCUGCACUACCCAUCCAGAAAAGCUCCUCCAACCAUUGGCGGGUAUGCCGAUUCUUCAGAUAUGCUGGGACGCCUUGCCAUCAAAAGCAUUCGUUAUUGUUUAG